AGCAAGCCCAAUGUUCCAGCUAAUCACUCUCAAAAAUAUCUAAAUCGAACUCCGGCGACGGCGAACGAAGGAAUGAGAGGAGCAAGCGUGAUCCUGCGUCGUUUAGUAGGCCGUCGGGCGCCGUGCUUAGCCGCUCUAUCGUCUUCUAUCGGAGACGGCCUUAUCGUGUCCUCCGCCGCCGCCGCUGCUUCGUAUUCUACUCUGAUCCUCGCCGAGGAUGCACGACCGCUUUUAGCUUCCGUAGCUGCCACUGGCGCCGUUUCAGCUCUUCAUCCUUUCAUGAAUCGGUCGCGGAAUUUCUCAUCUGCAGCCUCUUCAGAUUCGUCGAAUGUGGUAUCAAUCGAGUCUGAAGAACAGUUUAAUGAUUCAGUUCGGAAAGCUGUAGAGGAAUCUCAAGCUGCAAUAUUCUACUUCACAGCAGCUUGGUGUGGCCCCUGUAGAUUAUUAUCACCCAUGCUUGGACAGCUCACUCAGAAGUAUCCACAUGUAACAACUUAUAAAAUAGAUAUUGAUAAGAAUGGGCUAGAAAAUGCAGUGAGCAAGUCAAACAUUCACUCUGUGCCUACACUGCACUUCUUUAAGAAUGGAAAGAAAGCUGACGAAGUCAUCGGUGCAGAUGUCGAACUCUUGAAGGAUACCAUGGAAGCACUAUACAAGUGAAGGCAGAAAUGCUUUUCCAUUGUGCUUGAACUGUGUGGGAAGACCUGUAUCUAAAAGAAAUUUAUCAUGUAGACAGCAUUCCCAGCCGUUCUCCAGUUCCAUUUGUCAUUAGAAAUAUUUCUUUUCUUUUUUUCAGUUAAUUCUGUAUGAUAUUCGGCUGCACUUUUCUAUUUAAUGUAUGGAGUUAUUUUCAGAUCUA